AUGUACAGCCGAGGCAACCCGCUGCCCCUGAGGCACAGGCGACCCCAGCUAUGCACCGAAAUGGAAGCCGCUGCAGCGACGCGUGAGUGGAGCCCGGUUGACGUGUAUUGGGACCCUCGCUACCAGAGAUUCUUCUACGCGGGCGCCAAUGACGACGCGCAGUACACCGUUGAGUUCGAUCAGGAAGGACUCGACGAGCGCGACCCAGCGUCCGCCCCGAUUCUCCUCACCCCCGGCAGUGGCAGGCGGCGGAAAGGACGCCGCAUCACGUGGCCGGACGAAGUGCCGAUCGCCGACGUCGUCUCGGUGGAAGACGAGACGCACCGGUCCGAGUCCUACUUGGCAAUGUGGAUACUGGCCAUGCUGGCCGUCCUGGUGCUCCUCGUGAUCGCGGUGUACAUCGUGUGGCUGUGGGCAUACCUGCACGAACGACGUGGCUUCCUGCGUCACGGCGUCACCUCCAUCAGCGCCAACGAGGGGCUCAGCACCGCUGCCAGCGCACCUCGGGCGGUGGUGAAUUGGUUCACGAGAAGUUCAAGCGGUCAAGGCGAAGCUGAAAGACGGGCCAUUGACUUUGUCUCGAACGAAACCGAUGCCACCGAAAAUCCAUCGAAGCAGGCAACACGUCGGCGACACGACAUCACCGAACAUUCUGGCACCAUUUGUCUCUACAUAGACCACGGCAGGGCCAUGGACGAUAACGAACUGUGA